AUGCAAAAACUCAACACCUACGAGGCAACUCCUUGGGUAGCAGGAUAUCAAUGUUGCAUCGUCAUCUACACUUUCAUAAGUUUUGGACUUAUUUUGGUUUCAGUGUUCAAUUAAUCAAUACUCAUGGAUUCUGCACCUCAAUUUUAUUCAGAUUGGGAUAAUAAAUUUGUGGAAGACCUAAAAAUCGGAGAAUCCUGCCAAGAAGGCUAUCUUAACUUGUUAAAUUUCACAUGGCCUGGUACUGAACUUGGAUGUGAUUGUACAUAAUCGAAUGGAACUGGCACAUACAAAUAUUAGAAUUAUUAUUAUAUGGAAUGCAGCGAGUUUAUGCUAGCUGAGAAUUGCCAACCAGUUGAACCAAUCUACGAAAUGCAAUUCCACCAUUGGCCUAUUAAUGAUUAAUCUUCGGUUAAAGCUUUCAAAUUAUGUGCCAAACAGAGCACUGAAACUGCAAUAGAAGCAUUUCAAAUAGAGGAGGCUAGCGAGGGAUACAAAAAGUGUGGAAAUGUCUAUUAAGUUCCAUCUAAUGAAUUAUGUCCAAUUAGCGAUUUUUCUAUAACGACAGAUACAACUGGAGAGGCAAUCGGAACUACUGGAUUGUAUCUGAAAAUUAAGAGAGUCUAAGAGGAAGAAGUGCCAUUGACUGCAUUUACAAUAGGAUUUAAUUCAAUAUGUUUUUCAGUUUCAGAAAUAAAUUAGUUUUAGUAUUUAGAUAAGAUGAUCAAUUAUAAUUGCUAUGAUAAUGAUGAGAGAUUUGUACGUUUUACUAGUGAUAUGCCUUAUAGUGAUUUACUAAUGGUAAAUGAAAUAAAAAACGAAUAUAAUCAAUUAUAUAAAAAUGCAAUUGUUGAAAGCAGAAAUGUGAAUCUGUUUUACAAGUACCUAACUCAAUUCUAUUACAACUCGUCAUAGUUGUGUUAAGCAGAAGAUCUAGAAUACAUUUACAAUUUGAAUGCAUACAUAAAAGACAAUGUAAUGGAUGUUUAAUUAGCUGCGUAAGUGAUUGUAGGAAUACAAGCAGGAGUGUUCGGAUUCUUAAUUCCAUUAGUAUCAGCAAUAUCUUUGGUCGGUUGCAAUUUUAAAUAUGCUCAUUUGAACAGAAAAAGUUCACUCUAUAAGGACUUGUUUGGAUUCUGGUUGGGAGUCAAGAUGAUAGGUGAGACCCUGUGCACCAUCAUCUUGGCUGCCGAUAUGGGGUAUUAAUAAUAAAUGAUGAACCACUUCUCAGAUUUCAUUAAUGCUGAUUGUUCUGAUAAAUACUCUUUACAGGAGAUGAGUGAUUUCUAUAAUGAAUACGAAAUCAAGGUUUACAAUUAUGUGCUUCUGAAUUUCAUUCUUUGCAUAAUCACUAAUGUCUUUGAUAUCUAUGUCACUUAUCUGAUGUGCAGAGACAAACACAAGGAAGGGAUAUUUUUGAAGAAUAGUGAGACUUCUCACCUUAGAAACAUCACUUCUACUCAUCCUGAAGAUUUGCUCAACAGAACCAAGGUACAACCUUAAUCAGAAAUAAAAUAACAACAACGAGACAGUCAACAGAAACGACAAUUUGAUGAUGUUGAAAUACCAGGCGAUGACAUGCCCAAACCACAUAAACCUGAGAAUUGA